CGUCAAACCAUGCAGACCAUCGCUGUUUGUCUUUUGACUUUUGUGUUCAUUUGGACAGCUUUUGCUUCCUCGUCUGAGAACUUGAAACCACACCAUACCCUGGAUGAAUGGCUUGAUAGGCAGUAUGCAUUUUCGGUUGACCAUUUACUGGACAAUGUCCACCCAGUCGGAACAAGUGCCGGCGUCGUGAUAGCUUCACCGAGUCAAAGCCACCCAGACUAUUAUUAUCAUUGGGUAAGGGACAGCGCUCUGGUAAUGAGCGUCGUGGAGCGGUUAUAUGAGCGGGCGUCACCUGGAUCGCCAGAAAGCAAACGAUAUGAACAUUUACUGUGGAACUAUGCAACAUUUUCAAGAAUGAACCAGCUGCAAAAGACAAAAUCUGGUUUUGGAGAGCCAAAAUUUCAUGUGAACGGUUCCCCUUUCAAUGGAAACUGGGGACGACCGCAGAACGAUGGACCAGCCCUUCGCGCAUCAACAUUGAUUCGCUUUGCAAAUGCGUACCUAGAUCGGGGAGGCUCCAUCGAAGCCGUAAAAAAACUGUUGUAUGACAGCAGAUACCCUACCCAAACAGUCAUCAAAGCUGAUCUCGAGUUCACUUCCUCUGCCUGGCGAGACAAGUGCUUUGAUCUCUGGGAAGAAGUAUAUGGGCACCAUUUCUAUACGAGGAUGGUUCAGUACGCCGCUCUUCAAUCCGGUGCGCAAUUUGCAAAACGAAUGAAGGAUGUAGGUGCCGCGGACUGGUACAAACUUCAGAGCAUGAAGCUGAAGCAAAUCGUGACAACACAUUGGGAUCCAGUUUCCGGAUACAUGCAAGAGACACUGGAUCAAAGUGGCGGUUUGCCGGACAAGAUCCUAAACCUGGAUACUGCCACAAUUCUCGCCGCCCUCCACACGGUUGACCAGACGUCGCCAUACCGACCCUUCAGCCAGGAAAUUCUUCUCACCGCACAAGAGCUCGUUUCUCGCAUGGCUCCCUUGUAUCCUAUCAACGGAAAUUCCAAUUUAACCCUUGCACCUGCCAUUGGUAGAUAUUGUGAAGACACAUACGAUGGAUAUGGCCGUUCAGAAGGCAAUCCUUGGAUUCUGACAACCGCGGCGAUCGCCGAAACUCUUUACCAUACUGCAUCACACCUCCUUGAGGACACUACUAUACCAUCGUCGCUUAAACAUUCGUAUCUGCACUUGGCACAGAAUGUAACUGAUACAGGCGACCACUUUCUAAACCGCGUGCGGCUUCACACACCCACCAGCGGCUCACUCUCUGAACAGGUGAACAAAAACACCGGGUUUAUGCAGGGUGCACCCCACUUGACUUGGAGUUAUGCUAGUAUCAUUACAGCAACAUGGGCUCGCGAAAAGGCUCUACGCAAGUUGAAGGAGUGGAAAGAUGAUAGGCCGGUAGACGUACCUGCACAACAUUACGAUAGAGUUUUUCAGAUUCCUAUAUUUAGAGUCCAGGUUUAGUUCUAUGCCAUAUUGUUUUUUCGAAUCUUUAAAAAGAAAAUUUGGAAAGAGUAGGAAAUAUAUAUUACACAACCCUAUACCGC